GGAUUUCUGAGUUCGAGGCCAGCCUGGUCUACAAAGUGACUUCCAGGACAGCCAGGGCUAUACAGAGAAACCCUGUCUCAAAAAAACCAAAAAACAAAAAAAAAAAAAAAAAAAACAAAAAAAAAACAAAAAAACAAAAAAACAAAAAAAGGAAGCAGGCCUCAGCAAAAGGGCUAUGUUCUAGGCCCGUCUUUCAGAUCAGAGAUGUUCCAAGACUGGGACCCAGUAUGGAGAGUGGCCUGAGCCAUAGCCCAGCUGGGGCAGGCAAUUCUCCGUACAGCCAGACUAGGCGCAGCCCCAGCAAAGAAGCACAAGGGCCCUUUCAUAGCUGCCUUCAGCAACUCCCAAGCCUCCGAAGCUAGAGGCGGAGCGCGUGAGCUUAGAGGAUGAGGCCACAGCGGCUGCGCCACCCUGAGUGCACAGAGCUGUAGAGGGAAAAGUAAAGCAGGGGCAAACUAUGGAAGACAUGACUUCAUCUGCAUUUCCAUUUGCUGUGGACACUAACCAGGAGAGGUCUGUCCAAUCCCUCCCACCCAGGGUGGAAGAAAGGGGUGGGGCCAUCCCUACACUGUUUUCUUUCUGCUUUGAAAUGAAGGUGAAUACUCCCACCAUGUCCUACAGCCCAGCACCUCUGUGUUUACAGGGCAUCAUUCCACAACUUCAGCUCUGCCAUUCUCAAAGAUGUAGCAACAGUACAUUCCUCAGAGGCCCUUAUGUGGGUAACUGGUUCCUCUGGGGCCUCACACUCAAGUAACCUGCCUCAGCCACUCCUGUCUCCACCUCCUCUUCCUCAUAACAAGACAGAAGCGGCUGCACCUGGAGCACCCACCCCUCUGUAAAGGGGAGUUUAUCUCAUGCCCACAUAACCGUAAUUACUUGUGAGCCUCUGAUUAUAGUACAACUUGCUGGAUUAGCUCACCGGAUUAGCAGCUCAGAUCAGCCUCAGAGGUGCCUGCCAACCAGCUCUCUGUCUGUUAAGCCAGAGUGAUUGGAGGAUCAGCCCACCAGCAAACUGCUGCCCCUGGAUAUUGCAAAGCCUUCAGAGCCGGCCAGGUGCCCCAGAUAAGCCAAAGAGCCUGGUGUGACAGGAUGGAUGCUUCUCCUGAGCCCCAACAGAAGGGUGGGACACUGGUACUGGUCCGACGGCAGCCCCCUGUGUCCCAGGGCUUGCUGGAAACACUGAAGGCCAGGCUGAAGAAGAGCUGCACCUGCAGUAUGCCAUGUGCUCAGGCUCUGGUGCAGGGUCUGUUUCCUGCCAUACACUGGCUGCCCCAGUACCGCCUUAAGGAAUACCUAGCAGGUGAUGUCAUGUCAGGAUUGGUCAUUGGCAUUAUCCUGGUGCCACAGGCCAUAGCCUACUCACUGCUGGCUGGGUUACAACCCAUCUAUAGCCUCUACACUUCCUUCUUUGCCAACCUGAUCUACUUCCUCAUGGGCACCUCCCGCCAUGUUAAUGUGGGCAUCUUCAGCCUGCUGUGUCUCAUGGUGGGUCAGGUGGUGGACAGAGAACUCCAGUUGGCUGGCUUUGACCCUUCCCAGGAUUCUCUAGGGCCCAAGAACAAUGACAGCACCCUCAACAACUCAGCUACAACACUGAUCAUUGGGCUACAGGACUGCAGACGGGACUGCUAUGCCAUUCGGGUUGCCACUGCCCUUACUCUGAUGGCCGGGCUUUAUCAGGUCCUCAUGGGUAUCCUCCGGCUGGGCUUCGUGUCUACCUAUCUCUCACAACCACUGCUCGAUGGCUUUGCUAUGGGAGCUUCUGUGACCAUCUUGACUUCUCAGGCAAAACACAUGCUGGGUGUGCAGAUCCCUCGGCACCAGGGCCUAGGCAUGGUGGUCCACACAUGGUUGAGCUUGCUGCAGAAUGUGGGACAGGCCAACAUAUGUGAUGUGGUCACCAGUGCCCUGUGCCUAGGAGUGCUGCUGGCAGCUAAGGAACUCUCAGAUCGCUACCGACACCGUCUGAAGGUGCCAAUACCCACAGAGUUAUUUGUUAUUGUGGUGGCCACAAUUGUGUCCCAUUUUGGACAGCUCCAUACACGGUUUGACUCGAGGGUGGCUGGCAACAUUCCCACUGGUUUUGUGGCCCCACAGGUACCAGACCCUAAGAUAAUGUGGCGUGUGGCCCUGGAUGCCAUGUCCCUGGCCCUCGUGGGCUCAGCCUUCUCCAUCUCCUUGGCAGAAAUGUUUGCCCGUAGUCAUGGCUACUCUGUCAGUGCCAACCAAGAGCUGCUAGCUGUGGGCUGCUGCAAUGUGCUGCCUGCCUUCUUCCACUGUUUUGCCACUAGUGCUGCUCUGUCCAAAACUCUGGUGAAGAUAGCCACUGGCUGCCAGACCCAGUUGUCCAGUGUGGUCAGUGCCGCUGUGGUGUUGCUGGUGCUGCUGGUGCUGGCUCCACUGUUUCAUGAUCUGCAGCGAUGUGUGCUAGCUUGUAUCAUUGUUGUCAGCCUGCGGGGGGCGCUGCGCAAGGUGAAGGAUCUCCCACAACUUUGGCGGCUAAGCCCUGCCGAUGCACUGGUCUGGGUGGCUACUGCAGCUACCUGUGUGCUAGUCAGCACCGAGGCUGGACUAUUAGCUGGAGUGUUCUUCUCCCUGCUUAGCCUGGCAGGCCGUACACAGCGUCCACGGGCUGCCCUUCUUGCCCGAAUUGGAGACUCCACCUUCUAUGAGGAUGCUGCUGAAUUUGAGGGCCUCCUGCCCCCACCUGAGGUGCGAGUGUUCCGUUUCACAGGUCCACUUUACUACGCCAACAAGGACUUCUUCCUUCGGUCUCUCUACAGACUCACAGGGUUGGAUGCAGGGCACUCAGCCACCAGGAAGGAUCAGGGCCCGGAGGUAGGUGUCAGUAACAGGAGUCUUGUCGAUGGCAAGGAUCUGGGUUCAGUGAGCAGUGGGGCUGGGCUGGUGGUACCCCUGGCAUUUGGUUUCCACACAGUGGUCAUUGACUGUGCACCACUGCUGUUCCUGGAUGUGGCUGGCAUGGCCACAUUGAAAGACCUCCGCAGAGACUACAGGGCCUUGGACAUCACCCUGCUUCUGGCUUGCUGCAGUCCCUCGGUGAGAGACACGUUGAGAAAAGGGGGCUUCCUUGGGGAAGAACAGGGAGCUGAAAAUGAGCUGCUAUUCCCCAGUGUGCACAGUGCUGUGGAGGCUGCAUGUGCCCGCCGUGAGGAGCUGCUGGCUGCUGACUCUGCCCUCUAGCAGGGCCCUCAAGAGCCCACACCUGUGUUCACAAGCCAGUGCUCUGUAGGAGUGGUGUGAAUGAUAAAGUCAUUAGAGAUAUACCCUUGGACCACCUUUGCCCUGGAGAAGCCAGGGAACUCCAACUAAGGAAAGGAAAGUGCAGCACCCUUAAUACAUUCAAGGAUUCCAAACCAAGGGUUCAGUGAUCUAGACUCUCUACCUCUGAGUCCACUGCUGCCCCCUGGUGCCUGUUCAACCAGGGUAGCUGUACCCACACACAUGAUCCCUCAGCCCACACAGUGCCCAGUUUGAUAUACUAUGUUGUCAUCUUAUCUGAAACAGAAUCCUGCAAAUUAUAUGACCUCCAAGAUGCCAAAAGGACACUUUCCCAUUCCCUGUACCACCAGGUACCAGAUAUGAGCUGGAUAUAUGGCCAAGCCUCAAGGGUCUGAAUUUCUGAAAGGCCUCCUCAUGCCAGGUGCUCAUCUUGACUGGACCCUUGCAAAGGCAGCCACCUGCUCCAGAGCCACAGUCCAGUGUCACUUUCUAAGGCAAUGUGACUUAUAUAACCUCAACCUGACCUUGGGGCACAAUGUCUCUAUACAGCUUAUACUGGUAACCACAAUGUGGUAUAUGUAUGGUACAAAGCCAGACACAGUAGACCCUAACCCCAUUCAGUACUUCUAAAAAAAAACAAAAAACAAAACAUCAGGAGGAAACCACCUGUGCUCCAUCCAGGGUCUGCCUUUGGCAUAGCCAAGCAGACAUUCUCCUCUUCUGCCCAACAGGAUGCUCUAACAGGAAGCACAGCCCCAGCCCUAUGCCCUACCAUGACCCCCCCCACCCCCGCGACCCCCACAGCCCAGCACUGUGUCCCACAGCUGGCCCCGACAAGGUCAGAUCCACCACCUCAGCAUCUCUGUAAAACAAGCUCUGACCAGCAACUCCCAGGGUACCCACUUCCGCAUCACCCACCUGGCUGUGAUGAGAUCCAGCAGCCAGUGUAUCCGGACCUGCUCAAUGCCACUGUGAGGUACGGCACCUAUGUAGGCAAGGUUCAGUUGCUGGUCCCAACUAAGGUCGUACUGGUCAGCCUGGUCGUGAGGCAGUGGGGGGCUAGGGACAGGACAAAGAAGUGAAGUGUUUGUCCUAAACAGGGGCCUGCAGCAUACCCGAUUUUGUACAUGUAUUACCUAACUGCCUAGACCCUUGUGGAUGAAUUAUGUGUCUCCAGAGUGUACGAUAAAAUAGCCCAUUCACCAGAA